UAGAGAUAGAGAGAGAGAUAGAGAGAGAGAGAUACAUAUAUCAAAGUACCUGUUCAACUGGCGAACUCGAACUCGAAUUCAAACUCGAAACGUAGUUUGUACAAUUUAUUGCGUGACGCACAUGUUGUUGUAAAUUGUAAUGUAAUGAGAUACGACGUCCAGGAGCUGCUACUUCAUCAGUCUGCUGAGGAUCCAUUCGCCAGGUUCGCAAAUGGGAUGGCAUAUCAUCCAUUUCUGCAGCUCUCGCAAAGACCCACUGACUUCAGCGUCUCGUCGCUGUUGACGGCGGGUAGCAACAGCAACAGCAACAACAACACCAACAACAGCAACAACAACAACAACAGCAACAACAACAACAACAGCAACAACAACAGCAGCAACAACAACGCAGCUCAAGCUCUCAGUUCGCCAGGCUCGGGCGGUGCUGCAAAUUUUCGCGGCUCGCCCUCGCAGCUCUCCCCGCUCAGUAAUCACAGCAACAACAAUAACAACAACAACAACAACAACAGCAACAAUAAGAACAACAAUCACUUGAACAGCAGCGAAUCAGCAUUGAGCGGCAGCCAGGCCAAUACGCCAACGGCGACGCCGCCGCCGCCGCUGCCGCCCGUUGGAGUUGCUGCCGCUGGGCCGCUGCCAUCUCUACCCGCGCACCACUCACCCAGCGUUGCACCGCCGCCGCCGCCACCGCCACAGCAGCAACCACCUGCAGCUGGACUGCCACAGCAUCCAGUGCAUCCAACGCAUCCGCCGCCGCUGCCCCAACAGCAACAGCAACAACAACAACAACAGCAGCAGCAGCAGCAGCAUUUGGGAACGCAGCAACAGCAGCCGCCGCCGCCGCCAUAUUUUCCGGCUGCAGCGCUUGCCGCACUGGCCGGCAGUCCGGCGGGGCCGCAUCAUCCGGGGCUGUAUAGCGCCGCCGGCGGUUUGCGCUUCCCACCGCAUCCAGCGCAUCCGCACGCCCACCAUCCGCUGGGCACCGCCUACACCACCGCCGAGGACGUGGUGCUCGCCUCGGCCGUCGCCCAUCAGCUGCAUCCGGCGAUGCGACCGCUGCGCGCCCUGCAGCCCGAGGACGAUGGCGUCGUCGACGAUCCCAAGGUCACGCUCGAGGGCAAGGAUCUAUGGGAGAAGUUCCACAAGCUCGGCACCGAAAUGGUCAUCACCAAGAGCGGCAGACAAAUGUUUCCGCAAAUGAAAUUUCGUGUUUCGGGUCUGGAUGCCAAGGCUAAAUACAUAUUGCUACUGGAUAUCGUUGCGGCGGAUGAUUAUCGUUAUAAAUUUCACAAUAGUCGCUGGAUGGUCGCUGGCAAAGCGGAUCCCGAAAUGCCAAAACGCAUGUACAUCCAUCCAGAUUCGCCCACAACGGGUGAGCAAUGGAUGCAAAAAGUUGUUUCAUUUCACAAAUUAAAAUUGACCAACAAUAUUAGUGAUAAACAUGGAUUUGUAAGUACUACAAUACUGAACUCAAUGCAUAAAUAUCAGCCGCGCUUUCAUUUGGUGCGAGCCAACGAUAUCUUGAAGCUACCAUAUUCCACGUUUCGCACGUACGUGUUCAAGGAGACGGAGUUCAUAGCCGUGACUGCAUAUCAAAAUGAGAAGAUAACUCAGCUGAAAAUCGACAACAAUCCCUUUGCGAAGGGCUUUCGUGAUACUGGUGCUGGCAAACGGGAAAAGAAUUGUUACAGGCAGGCGCUGAUGUCCAACCGAGGGUCCGACUCGGACAAAUUGAAUCCCACGCACGUGAGCAGCUCCCGGGCGCCGCUCCAUCUGGGCCAUGCUGGACGGCCGCCACAUCUGCAUCCGGCGCAUGCGGCCGCGCUGCUGGACAAUCAGCAGGACGACGACGACAAGCUGCUCGAUGUGGUGGGCCCGCCCCAGAGUCCGCUGCUCCCGCUCAGCCACUCGCUGCAGCAGAUGCACGCGCACCAGCAUUCGGCAGCUUUGGCCGCCUGGUUCAAUCACUUGGCUGGCGCUGGCGCCGGCGAGCAUGCGGCCGCGGCGAAUGCGGAGGAUGCACUGCGCCGCCGCCUGCAGGCGGACGAUGUGGAGCGCGAUGGCAGCGAUUCGAGCUGCUCGGAGAGCGUCGGCGGCAGCACCGGCGGUGCCUUUCGCCCCACCUCGACGGGCAGUCCCAAGGAGGGCGUGGGCGGCGGCGGUGCGGCUGCUGCGGCCGCAGCGGCAGCGGCCGGACUCAAUGCGGCCGGCAGCUAUCCGUCGCCGAAUAUCUCAGUGGGCCCGCCCAUACACCCGUCGCCGCAUCUGUUGCCUUACCUCUAUCCGCACGGCCUCUAUCCGCCGCCGCACCUGGGACUGCUGCACAAUCCGGCGGCGGCCGCUGCCAUGAAUCCGGCCGGACUCAAUCCGGGCCUGCUGUUCAACGCGCAGCUCGCGCUGGCCGCCCAGCAUCCGGCGCUGUUCGGCCACGCCUACGCGGCGGCUGGCCACACGCCCGUCUCGCCGCUGCAGGGCCUGAAGAGUCAUCGCUUCUCGCCGUACAGCCUGCCGGGCAGCUUGGGCUCUGCCUUCGAUGCGGUCACGCCCGGCUCGAAUGCGAAUCGCAGCGGUGGCAAUGGCAGCGCCGACGCAGCUGCGCCGCCCAAUCUUCUACCCUCCGCAGGAGGCGGGGGCGGCGCUGGCGCUGGCGGUGGCGCCGGUGGCGGCCUGGGCCUGGACAAUGGACCACGCAGCUUGAGCUCCAGCCCGAGACCGCGCGCCUCUUCGCACUCGCCGCCCACGCGGCCCAUAUCAAUGUCGCCGACGACGCCGCCGUCGCUGCUGAAGCGACAGUCGCAGCACUCGCCGUCGGAGCUGAAGAGCAUGGAGAAGAUGGUCAACGGGCUGGAGGUGCAGCACAAUGGCAGCGCAGCAGCAGCGGCGGCGGCAGCGGCAGCGGCGGCAGCAGCAGCAGCGGCCGCCUCGCUGCUGUCGGAGGAGUCGUCGCAGCUGCAGCAUCACACGCAGGCGCAUCACACACAUCCGCACACACAUCCGCACGGACAUCCGCACGGGCUGACGCACGCGACGCACCAUGCGUCGGCUGGGACGGAUCAGUGACAAUUACAGGACGGCCGCUCCGACUGCGAGGAGGGCGGCCCCCACGAGCUGGACGACGACGAGGACGACGACCACGAUCGCAGCUCGGUGAUCGAUCUGGAUGUCGAUGUCUGACCGCAUCCGGUGCAGCUGCAGCAGCUUUAGCGUGCAAUGCCGUUGACCAGCUGCUGUCGGGCAGUCGAAGCGGUUCCAGUUCCGGUCCCAGUUCCGGUUCCGGUUCCGGUUCAGGCUAGCAUCGGAAGCAGCUCCGGCGGCAGUUAACCAACACUGCUAAACAGUGUAAAUAGCGCCAGCGUUCUAUAUAGGCAUUGUAGCAUAUAGCAUAGAGUCCACACACACACACACACACACACACACACUCACACUCACAGCCACACACACUAACACACACACGCACGUAAUACCCUAAUAGAGCCUAGAGACGUUGCGGGUCGCUUUGCGCAUAGUUAUAGUGCACCGAUAUAUAUCGGCUAUACAUAUAUAUAUAUAUACAUCUUUUUUUUUUUUAUAUUAUUGAUUAUUGUAAGCAACGCCUGUUUGUGAUGCGCAGGACCCGCCAGCUUUUAAAACCUAGUUUAAAGAGGGACACAAACAGUGAGAGAGAGCGAGAGAGAGAGAGAGAGAGAGAGAGAGGCGUGACAGACAGCGACAGAUAUAUUAGAUUUCUUUACUAAUUACUAUUUUUUUUUUUUUUUUUUUUUGCUCGUUUCCUUAAACGUGGCCCAGUGCUCUUGCAAUUAGUUGCAGCUAAAAAUAUAUAUAUAAAUAAAAAUAAAAAAAUUAAAAAAAAAAAUUAAAAAAUAUAACCCUUUCAAAUGCCCGCAAAACACUUUUUAGCACUUAGGCAUAAUAUAUAUAAAUAUAUAUGUGUAUGUAUAUAUAUUUAUGUAUAUAUGUAACACUCACACACACACAACACUUAUAUAUAUAAACAUAUAUAUUUACUAUAUAGCAAAGAUAAAGAAAGAGAUACACAGAGAGCGAAAUAGAGUUGAAAAGCGCAGACAAAUUUAUAUAUACAUAUAUAUGUAUAUAUAUAAAGCAUAUACAGAUAUAUAUAUAUAUCUAUACAUAUAUUGAUAUAUUGAUAUUCAUUGAAGCAACAUCAAAGAUGGCGCCCAUAUAUAUAUAUAUAUAUAUAUAUAUAUAUAUAUAUAUAUAUACACACACACACUCACAUACAAAUCUAAAUACAAUGUAACCUUUAACAACAACAAAAAAAAGCAGAAAAAGCAAAAAAAAAAAAAAAAAAAAAAAAAAACAAAAAAAAAACCAAGCGAAAUGCGUAAAUUUUUUUUCUUAGUCUUAGGAUGAACAAUUUUUUUUUUAGUAUUCGUAAAUUGAUGGAAAUAAGCUAAAAGAAAAUAUAUAUAAAAAAAAAAAAAAAAAAAAAAAUACAAAUAAAAAUAAAAAACAAAUCUAAUGCAAAAAACAACAACAACAAUUGCGUAAAAUGCGAAUAAAAAACUAUAAUUAAAUUAAUUUAUGUAGCUCUUAAGUACCGUGUACCGUAACAUCCACGAAAGCAAAAUGCAUAAUUUAUAUUCAUUUGGAACAAGUCCUCGAGAGGUAACGCCCCACGCACCGCGCACCGCGCACCACGCCCCCUAGCCCGCCCCUCGCCCAGCCCCAGCGGGCUUCAGGCUUUGGCAGACCUGCCUCGACCAAAAUGAAAUGUUUCCGCCGCUUCUUCAACCACUUCUCUUCUUCUUCUCAUAGACACUCAGUAGCAGCGACUCACACGCACACACACAUACAAACACACAGCCAGUUAUAAUGCAGCACUUUCAACCUGUAAUACAAGUUCUCAUAUAGAUUUUUUUUACAACUAUUUUUUUUUUUUUUUUUUUUUUUUGCUAAUUUUUAAGUUCUAAAACCAAAGAACAAGACACUUUUUUUUUUUGUAUAAUUAUAAUUCUUUAGAACAGACUCGGAAUAGCUACUUAGUAUUAUAUUAUUGUGUGUGUUUUAUUUUAAUACUAUUGCAUAUAUAUAUAUAUAUAUAUCGUAUAUAUGUAUAUACAUAUAUAAAUCAAUUUUUUUUUAUAUAUUAAGCAAUUUAUGAAAUGGCAUUCAACGCAUGUUCCUCGCAUAAGUUUAGAGCGACAAGACGCAGCUAACACAGCCCCCUCCAAGCCCCCUACCAUCACACACGCACACUCAUUCAACUGUCCCACACACACACGCACACACACACACUCAUACAAUAUUCGAACAAAUUAUCAAGAGAAAAUGAGAAAAAAAAGCAAAAAUUUGUAGCGCAGUUUGUUUGUCUUUAUAUACCGAUACAUAUAUAUAUAUAUAUAUACAUAUAUAUAAUUGAUUUUUUUUUUUGGGUUUGUUUAGCUGUUUUUUGAAUGAAUUAUACGCAAAAGCAAUAUUAAUUAUAGUUAAUUAAAUUUAAUGCAAACAAAAACACGGCAAGCGAUAAAAACAAAGGAAUGAAGAAAAGCAUUACAAACAUAUAUAUGUAUAUAUAUAGUGCAUAUAUAUAUAUAUAUAUACAUAUAUAUAAA